AUGUUGACUCUGCCGUUCGAGGACGCGCAGGCGAUGUGUGAGCCACGCUUCGGUGCCGGUUACCCCCGCGCAGGUGCGCCCGAGGAUCGACCCUCCCCUCGCCUUCGCCACCUCCGCGCCGACGACGACGACGACGAGGACGAGGACGAGGAGGAGCCUUGCAGGUCCGCCGGGGACGACGCCGCCUCCUCGGACCGGGACUACGAGCAGGACGACAGCGGCCUCCUCCGCAAGAAGCGCGGCCCCCGGAAGAAGAAGGCCACCAAGGAGCCGCGCGACCGCUCCCGGCUGCGGCGGCAGGAGGCCAACGCCCGGGAGAGGAGCCGCAUGCACGGCCUCAACGCCGCCUUGGAGAGCCUCCGCAAAGUGGUGCCCUGCUACUCCAAAACGCAAAAGCUGUCCAAAAUCGAGACCCUGCGCCUGGCCAAGAACUACAUCUGGGCGUUGUCCGAGACCCUGAGCGCCGGAAAGAGACCCGACCUCCUGGCGUUUGUGCAGACCCUCUGCAAAGGAUUAUCGCAGCCCACCACCAACCUGGUGGCCGGCUGCCUGCAGCUCAACGCCCGCAACUUCCUCACCGACCACAACGGGGAGGUGGUGUUCUCCGGGAGGCCUCCGUACGACCCGCUGUACUCCUCCUCCGCCUACCCGGGCUCCGAGGCGAGCGCGCCCGCCGGCCACGGCAGCUCCGGCCCGGCGGACCCGGCCAAGCCCUUCCGCCACUACGGCUACUCCGGCGCCUACGAGCCGGCCUACGCGUCCCCGGAGGCCGGGAGCCCGCACUUCGAGAGUCCGCUGAGUCCGCCCGUCAACCGGAACGGCAUUUUCUCCUUCAAGCACGACGAGCCGCCGGACUACGGCAAGGGGGGCCACCACUACGGGGUGCGCUACUGCGGCGCACCCGGGCGCGCGGCCCUGGCGCACGGCUCCGUGUACAGAGUGGCCCCGGAGGGCCGCUACCCGUACGAUCUGCACGUCCGCGGCCAGUCCUUCCAAGCGCAGGGGGAGCUCAACGCCCCCUACCACAAUUAA